AUGAAUGAGAGCUUAGCCAGUCUCCUCCUCACGUUGACUCAUCUGCUUUCGUUUGUCUCGGCCUAUGAUUUCCUGUCAGCGGGUUCUUCUCUCUCUGUAGAGCACAGCUUGCUCCACUCGCCAGAUGGCACUUUCACCUGCGGCUUCUACAGCAUCUCUCCCAAUGCCUCCACUUUCUCCAUCUGGUUCUCCAGAUCAUCCAAAAGAACCAUCGUCUGGAGCGCGAAUCCUCUCCACCCUGUGUACACCUGGGGAUCCAAAGUCGAGUUAGAUGUCGAAGGGAGCAUGGUUCUAAAAGAUUACAAUGGCCAGAUUGUGUGGACCAACAAUGUGAGCGUUUCAAAUGCUGGACAUGAUGUUCAAGCUCGGCUAUUGGACACUGGGAACCUCGUUGUGAAGGGCAAAGAUGGUGCCAUCCUGUGGCAAAGCUUUGAUUCUCCAACUGAUACCUUGUUACCCACUCAGAGAAUUACUACUCCUACAAAGCAGGUCUCUACUAACAGGUUACUUGUUCCUGGCCACUACAGCUUCCAUUUUGACGAUCAGUACCUUCUUUCUCUGUUUGAUGAUGAGAAAAAUAUUUCUUUUAUCUAUUGGCCAAAUCCAAGUAUGACUAUCUGGGAGAAGCUUAGAGUGCCAUUCAAUAGCAGUACAUCUGGGGCUCUUGAUACCUGGGGACAUUUCCUUGGAAGUGACAAUGCAACCUUCACAGCUGCUGAUUGGGGUCCUGGGAUCAUGAGGUGGCUAACACUGGAUUAUGAUGGCAACCUCAGAUUAUACAUCAUCGACCCAAGUGAGCGGAGCAAAGGCUGCAGACCAAAGACCAACAUCAGUUGUGACGCGCAGAAGGUGAAAUUUGCUAAGCUACCCCACACUGAUUUCUUCGGGUAUGAUAUGACUGCCCAUCGUUUUGUUUCUCUUGACUUUUGCAUGAACAAAUGCCUGCAUGACUGCACUUGUAAGGGUUUUGCAUACUGGGAAGGAAUCGGCGACUGCUAUCCAAAGUUUGCUCUUGUUGGUGGUGUAACCCUGCAUCACAUUGGUACUACUGGCACCAUGUACAUCAAGGUUCCCAAGGCAGUAGAAGUGUUGGAGGCCUCAAUUCCGCAAUCACAACCUUUUGGUCCCAAGUAUGGUCCUGACUGUAGUACAACAAAUAAAUACUUCAUAGCAGAUUUUCUGGAUAUGCUUAAGAGAGAUCAGAGUGAAUCAAAGUAUCUGUACUUCUAUGGAUUCUUAUCAGCAAUAUUUCUGGCAGAGUUAAUGUUUGCUGUAUUAGGAUGGUUUAUUUUGAGGAGAGAGUGCAAAGAACUGAGAGGAGUAUGGCCAGCUGAGCCUGGAUAUGAAAUGAUAACUAAUCAUUUUCGCAGGUACACCUACAGAGAGUUGGUAUCGGUGACCAGAAAGUUUAAGGAUGAACUUGGAAGGGGUGCAUCAGGCAUUGUAUACAAAGGUGUCUUGAAAGACAACAGAGCAGUUGCUGUGAAAAAGUUAGCAGAAAUAAACCAAAGUGAAGAAGAAUUCCAGCAUGAACUGAGUGUCAUUAGCAGGAUUUACCAUAUGAAUCUGGUCAGAGUUUGGGGAUUCUGUUCUGAUGGUCCACACAGGAUAUUGGUUUCUGAAUGUUUUGAGAAUGGUUCAUUGGAUAAAAUCUUAUUUGGUAGCAAGGGUUCCAAAAUCAUACUUGGAUGGAAGCAAAGAUUUGAUAUUGCGCUAGGGGUGGCUAGAGGAUUGGCAUAUCUUCACCACGAGUGUUCAGAGUGGAUCCAAGGAACUAGAGGCUAUCUAGCACCUGAAUGGGUUUCUAGUCUCCCGAUUACAGCAAAGGUUGAUGUCUACAGCUUUGGAGUUGUGCUACUGGAACUACUGUUGGGAGCACGUGUCUCAAACAUGGAAAAUGAGGAUGUGGAAGCGGAGAGGUCCUUGGAAGGGUAUCAAGGCUGGUCAAAGAAAAGUUGCAGUUGGAUGGCAUUGAACCAUCCUGGAUCGCCGACUUCGUUGACGCUAGACUGA